AUGUACGCAGGAAGAAAAAGAAGAAAAGCGGUGCAGCGAGGUGUAAAGCAGGCCCCAGCGGAGGGGGUUAAGUCAAACCCAUCUAAGCGCCAUCGUGAUCGUUUGAAUUCGGAGCUGGAUCGUCUCUCACGUUUGCUGCCGUUUCCCGAUGACAUCACAUCUAGUCUGGAUAAACUGUCCAUUCUGCGCCUGAGUGUGAGCUACCUGCGCACCAAGAACUUCUUCAGCAUUGCCCUAAAGAAUCACACUACUAAAACGUUGCUGCCCAGCAGUAAUCAGGAGGACAGACGGCUACCAGAGGGAGAACUGAUUUUACAGGCUCUCAAUGGGUUUGUGCUGGUGGUUACGUCAGAUGGAGUCAUAUUCUACACCUCGCAAACCAUUCAAGAUUAUCUAGGAUUCCACCAGACGGAUGUACUUCAUCAGAGUGUGUUUGAGUUAAUCCAUACGGAGGAUCAGCAGGCGUUCAGGCACAAUCUGCACUGGGCUCUAAACCCUCCUACUGCAGACCACCAACCAGUCAGUGAUGACACGCAUAAUCCAGAAUCCACUUCUCCUUCUGUGGCUUAUAAGCCUGACCGGCUCCCUCCAGAGAACUCAUCCUUCUUGGAGAGGAACUUUAUCUGUCGCUUCCGCUGUCUGCUCGACAACUCAUCAGGCUUUCUGGCGCUGAAUUUUCAAGGCCGUCUGAAGUUCCUCCAUGGCCAGAACAGGCGACUGGAUAACGGAGGUCCAGCCCCACCCCAGUUAGCCCUGUUUUCAAUAGCAAUGCCACUUCAGGCACCAUCCAUUCUGGAGAUUCGGACCAAGAACAUGAUCUUUAGAACCAAACACAAGCUUGACUUCACCCCUAUGGCCUGUGAUGCCAAAGGUAAAAUUGUUCUGGGUUACACCGAGGCAGAGUUACGAGCUCGAGGUACGGGCUACCAGUUCAUCCAUGCGGCUGACAUGCUGUACUGUGCAGAGAACCAUGUGCGCAUGAUUAAAACUGGCGAAAGCGGGCUUACGGUGUUUCGACUCCUUACCAAGGAAAACCAGUGGAAAUGGGUGCAAGCCAAUGCCAGACUCAUCUAUAAGAAUGGCAGACCUGAUUACAUAAUUGCCACUCAGAGACCUCUCGGGGAGGAAGAAGGAGGUGAACACCUAAGAAAACGCUCCAUCCAGCUCCCUUUUACCUUUGCAACAGGGGAGGCUUUGUUGUAUCAGACCAGCUCUCCUGUCCCUGGCUUCUCCGAUAACAUGGUAGCCAAGGGCAAGAGUGGGAAAGCCAAGAAGGCCAAAGGGAAAAAAGUUGACAAAAGCUUUAAAGACACCCUGGACCCUAGCUCCCUGCUUGGUGCAAUGAUGAGGCAGGAUGAGUCUGUUUACGUCUGCCAGCCUGCAGCAGAACCCAAAAUGUCGUACCAUAGCAGCCUAUUUAGCAUGCAGGACAACAAGAGUACAUUUUUUGCAUCUGUUGAAAGUGGUGGAACUGGAAGCGCCAAGCCUGAAGCGUCGACUAGUUUUGACCCCUUGCUAGCCACUUUGGAUUCUCUAUCUCUGGAGAAUGAGGAGAGCUGCUCCAACAGUGAGUUAUUUAAUGCACUAGAAAAUCUCAGACUAAAUGCAGAGGACUUGGAGCUGCUGCUUUUGGACGAGAGGAUGAUUCAGGUGGAAGUGGAAUCGGAUUAUGUCCCCUCACUUAAUGAUCUACUUACCAGCGACGAAAUCCUGUCCUAUAUCCAUAACUCGCUGGAGACGCAGACAAAUAAUGGGAAUAGUCUCCUCCCCCUUACUGUGUCAGACAUUGUGGACCCAAUACAGGGCUCAUCAAGUUCAACGACGUCCGUUUCAGGUCCUUAUUUGCCCAUCCAACAUCCUAAGUAUUCGUCUCCAAUCCUGCAACUCUCGCAGCAGAUGCAGCAGCACUUAAACUCUCAAUCCCUGCAACAAAAAACCCCAAACUGGAUUACUGAUUCACAGGUUAGUGACCCUGGUGUGAUUUCUUAUUCUCAGCACAGAUCUGUACUUGUUAACACAAUCACAGGAUUUCAGAAUGGUUACUGGGACCCUCAACAACCCAGUCUGGAGGAACCCUCACAAUUACAGCAGCACUCUUGGUACCAGAUGCAAUCAGAAUGUCCCUCUCAGAAACGAUUCUCCACCGCCACCCAGUCGCAAGAAUAUAACUACGUAGAUAACAUGGACCAGUUAUUCUCUGCUGGUAGCCAUGCCCAUGUGGAUGAUAAUAAUAUAGCCACCGGAUCCGGUGUGGAGUUCAGCCAGAGCAAUAGUGAAUUUCAAAGUGGUCCAGCGACCUCCUCAUCCUAUCAGCAGGUUUAUCAGAAACAGCCAAAUUACUCUUGGAUUAAUCAGAACUCCUCACAGGAGCAGAACUCUCCCUUCUUGAACAUUUAUAAAAUAUCAGAUCCUGCACAACCCCAUGACUCCACCUACAGCAAGAUGGAAAAUGGCUGCGUCCCCUACCCCACCAGUACAGCAUACGCAGGAAGCUGCCCUCUCCCUAACAACAACGUGACAACUGCAUCCAGCAACAUGCCCCACCCUCCUCUACCAGAUCUUUCAACCACUGGCUUCUACCUCUAA